AUGCAGCGCUUUUUGAGACUCCAGAAAUCUAGUCUUCGUGGACGAUUGUGUGUGUGCCAAGUGAGGCACCAGUCCACUAUCCCCACUGUGGAAUUGCCCCCGGAGAAUAUGAAAAUUGUUCCCUCGGUACACGAUUUGACUCCUUCGUCUUUCACAUCUAAGGACUUUCAAGGUUCUCUUGUGGCGCACCUCUACAGUAGAAACCUCAUAGAGACACUUACAAGUGAUGAUUUGUACAAAAUUACUGAACAUGGCAACAAACAGAAGCUCAAAUUGUACUGUGGUGCUGACCCUACUGCAGAAUCGCUUCAUUUGGGUAAUUUACUACCUCUUAUGGUCUUACUACACUUUGUGUUGAGAGGUCAUGAUGUUGUUGGUUUGGUUGGAGGGGCUACCGGUGUGGUGGGAGACCCAAGUGGGAGAACAAGCGAACGUUCAGCAAUGGAAGCAGCCCAGCGAGAAAAGAACGUGAGAAUCAUCCAGGAGCAAAUUCAAACGUUUUUGAAAAGAGGCAUCGACUAUGCAAAGUCUAGAAACAUUGAAAUUGCGAAGGAUGAUUCGAAAUUGGGUUCCAUUCAGAGUGUGAACAAUGCGGACUGGUGGAAAUCGGUCAAGCUUUUGGAUUUCUUAGCUACUUACGGUAGACAUAUCAGAGUAUCACAAAUGCUUGCUAGAGAUUCUAUUCUGUCUCGUCUAGAAUCUCAGCAGGGUAUAGGAUUCAACGAAUUCACCUAUCAGAUUCUACAAGCUUAUGAUUUCUGGCAUUUAUUCCAAAAUGAGGGUGUUAAUCUUCAGAUUGGUGGAAACGAUCAGUGGGGAAACAUCACUGCUGGAAUUGAUUUGAUUUCACGUCUCCAAAAAAGUACUGAAACGAAAUCGAAGGCUGAAAAGGAACAUGAUUCUCUGGCAUUUGGUAUUACGGUGCCUCUUUUGACUACACCAAGUGGUCAGAAAUUUGGAAAGUCGGCAGGAAAUGCCGUGUUUAUCAGCGAAAAAUCAACCACACCAUUCCAGAUGUAUCAGUUCUUUAUUAAUUCUCAGGAUGAGAUGGUCUUCAAGCUCUUAAAGAUUAUGACUCUUCUUCCUUUAGAGGCAAUCGAAACAGUGAUUGUACCUAAACACGAAAAGGACCCAGGUUUAAGAAUCGCUCAAAGAAUUCUUGCUAGGGAAGUUGUGGACUUGAUCCAUGGUAAUGGCGUAGGUGAUGAAAUGGCUUAUAUCACGAGUUUUUUGUUUCCCACCCCAGAUCAACCGUUUGAUGAUGACAUCACAGCCGACAAGCUUAUUCUGAAAUUUAGAAAAUCAGGAAUCUUGAGAGCGUUAAAGCUUUCUUCAUUCCCGGACCCUACCGAUUUGAAAAUGAGCACAUUGUUAUCAUCUGUUCUCGAAAUGUCAAAGAACGAAACUAAGGCUCUUAUCAGAGCUGGUGGGGUUUACUUGGGAAUUGAUCGGCGUCAAUUCGUUGAUCCGGACGAUGUUGUUUUGUUUGACAAGGAGAAUCAUUUGAUUGAUGGGAAGUUAUUGCUUGUGAGAACUGGUAAACAAAAGUAUUACGUUGUUGAGGUCAGCGAAUAG